UAUAUAUUUGCACUCAAUUAUUUAAAUAAAUCAACACACUAGUUCACGUACCGAUACAUACCAUUUCAUACAUACACAUACCCACUUUGUAAGCAUACGUAAUUUGAUAUAAUAAACAGUAGAAACACAAGAAACGAUGAUAUUCACUCCGGCCAAAAUGAUCAGCGACUAUUGUCUGUUAUUUUAUUUUGUGAUUUGAAUAUAUUCCAAUUAUUGCAUCCUAUGAUUCACAUAAAAUAAUGUUCUAUAAUUAUUUAUUCAAUAUUUAACUAUCAGGAAUAUUAGAAAAAUCUUUCUGAAAACUGUAUGGAAAUUAUAUUACUAAUCAAUUGGUGAACUGAAAUUUUAAUCACUUAGAAAAUUCAUAGACAAGAACUGUUGAAAACAUAGAGGAUUUUGACGACCAUAAACAACGCCAUUAUUAUUAUUAUUAUUAUUAUUAUUAUUAUUAUUAACAAAGGUGACAAAGUACGAAACGAAAUAAGAACAAAAACAGUAAUCAGCACUACGCAAUAGAACGGGGUGAUGCACGAACUAUUAUUUUUCUUUGAAAUCUAUUUUCUUAUACAUUAUGCAUGGGAAUUUGGAUAAAAUUACAUUGAAUCUUUUAACUUCUAUGAAAACAAUGUAAUAUUGUAGUUUAUGUGUGAACUUUGAAUUAUUUAUUUCAAAGAGUGAAAGGCAGAAAGUGGAAAAUAAAUAUUUAAAAAAAUUGAAAACUCAACGCUUGAUUUAUCAAAUCAGUAAUUAUUUCAUUAAUCAAUUUAUUGAAUAAUAAGUAACAAACAAAACAAAAUAAGUAAGAUCACUUUGAACAAAUUCAUGUUCAAUUCCCAGCGGACGUUGUCAAGUUUAUCACCAUUAUUGUCAGCUGUUUUAAAUUUAUCGGAAAUACUACAUCAACAACAACAACUACUACUGAUAAUAAUAAUACUGGUAGUGCUACGACUUUUAUUAAUAUCAUUGAUUUUAAUUCAUUAUUAUUUUAGUCAUUCAUCUCAUUGUUAUCUCACUGGUAUCUUUGAGUGGUUUAACAACUAUCUACCCUCAUCACAUUCACUCACUUCCCCUUUUUCUUAUUUCGUGGAGUUAAUAUCACUGCCAUCCUCAGCACUGACAUCCUCGUUGUUACUAUCACUGUCAUGGAUAUUCUGCAUAUUGUUUGGUGCUCUAAGUAUAUGGUUCUGGAAAUCAGUAUGUUACCUCAGUACACGAUUAUAUCAUCAGAAGGAUAUACUACUAUUUUUCAGAAACAGUAUUAAUGAUAUUCGUAAUUAUAGAAUUUACAGUAAAAUAAAUGUCAUACUACUUACAUUGCACACUGAUUCAAUCAUUUUCAUAUAUAAUCUUAUCAGUGGAUGGAAUUCAAGCGAUACGUUGAAGAGUAAAAUAAAAACAUCAAAAAGACUUACGCAACGUAAACGUUUAAGUCAUGGAAUGAGUACAUUAUUCACUAUAUACUUUGGAUUAUUAAUUUAUUUAGAACUAUGUGGAAUUGAUUAUGCUGAAAGUAGACCUAUUUCAACCGAAAACGAACGCAGAUAUGGUAAUUUAGAUUUACAUCCGGCUAAAUCAUCACAACAAAAGACACCAAAAGUGGUUAUGCCACCAUAUGACCUUGGGUUUAAAGGUCAAAAAACAGACGAACUGAACAAAGUAAAAUUAUAUCCACUGUUAUCAUCAUCAUUAUCGUAUCCUACAUUUUUGAGUGAUUUUAAUGACAAUUUCGAUCAAAUGAAAGGUUUUCAGUCAGAUGAAACAUAUGUAAGAGAUUCUCAAACACAGCAGCAGCAAAGAAAACAACGCUAUCAGAGAGUAAGUCGUAAUAAUUUUAACUCACAAGAAGAGACCGACAAUGAGGAUGAGGACAAUGCUGUCGAAUUUUUCAAUACACGUUUGAUGUAUGAUUCGAAGUUGUCUCAAUCUAAUCAUCUUAAUAAGAAUAGUGUAAGAUCAUACGGACAAUCUCCAUCGGUAUCAUCAUCAAUACCGUCAUUAACAGAAAGAGAGACAAAUGAACGACUUGACUAUAGAAGAGUAAACCUUGCACCUUCUAAAUCAACAAUACAAAAACAGAUAUCAUACUCCCCAUAUAAUCCAUAUACAAGAAUGAAUAAUUAUCAAGAAUCGCUUUAUAUACCUGACCAACAAACUAUGUAUGAAAUGAAUACUCAACAGUACCCUCGUGAACAAGAGAAGACAUGGACCAGAAAGGAUAAUAAUAAUAAUAAUAAUAAUAAUAAUAAUAAUAAUAAUAAUAAUAAUAAUAAUAAGCCAUAUCAACGUCAUGAACUAUAUGAUGGUUAUACAGCUCAUAUGAAUCGUGAAAAUCCGUCUAGUUGGUUUCCUUUUCCUAAUUAUCAAACUAAUAAUAAUAAUCCAUUGAACAAUAGACCAUUAUAUUCACAACAGUCAAAAAUACAACACCAACACCAACCAUCUUCAAGUUUAAAUAGUUACUCAUAUUAUAGCACUCCAAACAAAAAUAUUGAUAGUAAUAAUAACGCUAAUAAACGUAAUCCAUUUUCAUAUUUUCCUGAGAUUUCGGAUAUUCAAUUAUCUCAUCUAAUUUAUCAGUACCAAAUGGAAUUAUUACGUCGACAAUCUGGACGUUUACCCGAUAUUGAUUAUCAAAUGGAGCAUAAUUACUAUGGUCAACCGGCUGAAUCGUCUUCACACCAUUUACCUAGCAUUAUGAGCAGAAUUGGGAUGUUGGCUAGCAGGCAAUUCACAUAGGAUGCAUAAAUGCCAACAGACUGAAACAUCAUCGGGAAAAUGCAAACAACCAAUAUAUAUUGGAUUGAAAUAACAAUAAUAAUAUUAAUAAUACUAGGAGUAUUGAUAGUGGUACUUCUAUCACUUUAAAACCUAUUCGUCACGAUUAUCAUCCACAGGAUUAUGGACUACACUUAUCCGGAGUAAAAAAUCACGAUAAAAUUAUUCGAAAAUUCAAUAAUUUAGCUAAUCAACGAUUAAUGGCUGGUGUUGAUGAAUUUUUCGACGAACUGGAUCAUAAUAAUACUUCCUUUGGUAUUGGGAUUAUCUUUAUCUUUCUCCACAACUGUGAUAUAAAAUUAUCUGAGAAAGAUUCGCUAAAGUUGCUCGUGAAUGGACGACACAAAACAUCAGCAGGCGCUGUACGCUUCUUAUGUGGAUAGGUGUACGUAGUAUGUAGCAGAAAUUGAAAGUGGAAUGCUUAUCAGCAGAAGACCUAAAUGAAAAGCAGAGGAAGGGAAACGGAGAGCAGUCGGAAGGACGACAAAAUUUGAAGAAUGAUGGAGGAAGUACCGGACAACUCAAGGAAGAUAUGCAAAUUAUAUAUUUAAUGUAUGAUUUCCAUAUUUUACAAAGGCACUGUGUGAGUUUGCAUAAUAUAGUAAAUUGAUUUACCGUGCCUGAGGUUUUGUUCACUACAAGAACACUUAUUGUAAGGGAUGUUUGAAAUCUCUUCAUAUCUCAAAGAGUGGGACGUGUUUAGUGACUGGAGACAUUUUCAGUGUUGUUUUACG